AAAAAAGAUUUGCACGAAUCUCUUAAACCAUCUGAAUCUUUUUAACAUUUUUCGCUAAAAAGAAGUGUAAAAUUUAUUUGUUUUUCAACACAUUUCUAUUAAAUUAAUAGAAUGUCAUUUAUCAUAAAUGCUUUCCAAAGAUGUAAAGCCCUGUGUAGGUUUCAAACACCAACAAAUGAAACAUGUGUAAGUAUUUAUGUAUAAUAUAACGGGUACUUGUUGAUAAUCUAAUUACAUAUAAAAUAACAAUUAUUUUCAUUUGAAUUAUUUUAGUUUGGCGUUCUUCCUGUUAAUCAACAAAUUCGUAACAAAUGGCCAGAUUUUAGAAUGAAAAAAGAUGCACGUAAAAGAAAUACUAUUAAAGAAUAUGGUAUAUACAAGUUGCGCUAUAAUGCACUUCGUAAAAAUAACAUCAUUCCUUUGGAAAUUCAAGUACUUAUAUAAUUAAAAAUAAUGUAUACCUAGUUUAAUUUAUUCUUUGUUUUUAUUCAGGAAAUUGCUGACAAAGAAAUCCACAAUUGCCCUAGGGAUGCUAGUAUAACUAGAAUUGUACAGCGGUGUCAAAUUACAUCUCGCCCUCGUGGUAAUGUCAAAAGAUGGCGUUUGAGCAGAAUCAUGUUUAGACAUCUUUCCGAUUAUAAUAAAAUGGCAGGGGUACAAAGAGCAAUGUGGUAAGUACAUUUAUUUUAUCCUUAUAAAUAUACCUUAUUACAAAACAUUUUUUUUUAGGUAAAUUCUAAAUAAAAGUUUAAGAGAUUACACCAAUAAAAAUGAUUGCAGAUUUGUAGUUGAACUAUUUAUAUAAUUUUGUAAACUAGUGUUAUUUAA